UCCACCCUCGUUCUUUAGGGUUGGCGUGGACCUGGCUGUACUAACAUUCUUCGUAUAUACCGGGACAGUCUACUGCGUUUUGAGGUUCUCCUUCACUGGAACCUACACAAAAAUGAACGUUCCGACGCACGGAGAGCAUCGACCAAGGAGCUUCUAUGCCACGGACGCAUUUGCGGGAUACAGCAAUGAUAUAGUGCCAGACAUACUGCACUUGGUUAGGUACAAUUCGUCCAAUGUGGACUUUAUUGACGUGGUGACCCUCCGAUCCAUGUAUUUGAACCAUCGGCCCGAGAAGAUAUACGUUCACUGCAGUCCUUGCGGCUUUGAAGGGAACUACACUCGCUUUCUGGAAGGCAUCAACUUCACCUUCAUCCCAUCAGUUUUGCCCACUGAGAUUUUUGGCAUUCCCAUAAAGGUAUCUUACCACGCAACCGACGUUCUCCGCAUCAAAGCUCUGAUGCGCUACGGAGGCUACUGCUUAGACCGAGACGUGUUCGUGGUUCAAUCCCUGCAACGCUUCCGGCGAUACGAGGCAUCCGUGGGCUUUGGGAGCCGGGACUCUAUGGGAAACUGCCUGAUGUUUUUUCACAACAACUCGCGCUUCCUUCGGCUCUACCUGGACAGCUACCACCAGUUGACUGACUCGGGUUGGAAUUACAACGCGGGCGAGCUGCCCACCAAAGUUCUACUCGAACGGCAUCCGCAUCUCGUCCAUCGAUUGCACUACGGCCUCGAAACCGGACUCGACAUGCUAGGCGCCCUGUACGAGCCACACGCCUACCCGUACUGGCGGCACGCCUUUGCCAUGCACCUUCUGUCGCAGAACCGCGGGGAGUCGCAGCACGAUCCACUGCGCGCCGCUCCGUUUAACGAAACCAACAUCCGGGACCUCGACAAUGCCUUUGGACAGAUGGCGCGCUCGGUUCUGUUUGGAACCUCCGCUUUCGUUCCCCAGGAUGCCCCCGUGCUGAGCGUCGCCGAGCUCGCGGCUAGAAAGGACCGGGGCGAGGAGCUGACCAUCAUCCGCCCGGAUAAUGAGCGGCCGUUUUUUUACCCUGUGAUAAACGCUACCAGAUAGAGCUUACCAGGUUUGAAUGACACCGCUGACGAAAGUACAGAUGCAGUUGGUAUGCUGGGUGCUCUUAAAUUGGGGAUUAGUUUCAAAAAUUAGAAAAUGUUCUGGUUUACCGAACAGGACCAGCGUGCCUAGGCUGAAGUGUUGUGAUGUACAGUGUAUAGAAUGUUUGAUGAGGGUUUUGCAGCCCAAACUGUUAGUGGUUACCUCCACUCGUGCUUUUUUGUAUGUCUGCCAGCGUUAGCCGCCUUACCUUGCUGGAAAAGUACAUGAAAGGCUCAGUUUCCUGUUUCCAGUGGCCUAUAUCUGCUUUUGCAAAAUAACUUUUGCUACUUGAGUAGAAAAUGUGUGACGUCGAUGUUCCUAUCGUUAGAUUUGCCGUGGUUCCAGCGCAAAGUUCUGCUCAUUAGUUUUCUGUAACGUGCAGAGGACCUACAGAAGCGAGAUCAACGAAGAGCAGUAACAACGCGCCAGAAGUUUGGGCUUCCUCCGCAAGUUUCUGAAAAGACAAAGCGUUGUUCCUAUUGACUGCAUUACAGUGAAGGACCUCUGGGCGUACAAAUACCGUUUACUCCAAUUUAUCAUCAGCUUCAUCACUCAUUCCGCCUUGCUGCGCGUUAUUUGAGCCAAUGCCGUCAAAUCUAAGAGCUUCCCUGGGAUAGUCGAAACCCAAUGACUUCUUCAGGCACUCCUGAAAACAAAAACAUCAAAAAGGCAAGCCAUCCAUUUUACAACUUUAGCCUACUUCUGGUUAGAAGCAUUGUAUAGUUCGUUGGAACUCUUUUUCUACUUUACUUCUGGUACUUAAGACGUUGUCGUAUUUUAUGUAUACAGCUGCUGAAGUUGUGUUCGGUAGUUGUGGCCUUUCGAGUACAAGAGUCAAGGGAUGUAAAUAAAUCUGAAUGUUUUUGCUUGGAGAAAUUCCUGACAUAACACCCAAGGUGUUUACUUUGCUGGUUGAAGUUAAAGUUUGAAAGGGUAAGAAGAGAAAAAGAAGAGAAAAAGA